CCUCUGCUACCCCCUCCCACGGGCCUCGGGGUUCCUCAGCUGGCGGAGGUCGAAUCAGUGUCAGUCAGGGUGGCGGACUGCUGAGCACUGGGCGCAUACGCUGGGUUGCAGUCUAGCCCAGGGGCCAGUGCCUGCGCUCGCGCCGCCGGGUGGGAAGGAUGAAGCUGCAGCUGGAGCAGCCACCCUAUGAUUGGCUGUGGCGCUUGUGAACCCGAAGUAAAGAUGGCGGGCGGGCAGGCAGCCGCCGCACUGCCCACUUGGAAGAUGGCGGCACGCCGCAGCCUCAGCGCCCGCAGCCGGGGGGUCCUGCAGGCGGCCGCAGGGCGGCUGCUGCCGCUGCUACUGCUGAGCUGCUGCUGUGGCGCUGGCGGCUGCGCGGCGGCGGGCGAGAACGAGGAGACGGUGAUCAUCGGGUUGCGGCUGGAGGACACGAACGACGUGUCGUUCAUGGAAGGGGGGGCGCUGCGGGUGAGCGAGCGGACCCGGGUCAAGCUGCGGGUGUACGGGCAGAACAUCAACAACGAGACGUGGUCCCGCAUCGCCUUCACCGAGCACGAGCGGCGGCGCCACAGCCCCGGCGAGCGCGGGAUGGGGGGCCCAGCGCCACCAGAGCCGGACAGCGGCCCCCAGCGCUGCGGCAUCCGCACCUCAGACAUCAUCAUCUUGCCCCACAUCAUUCUCAACCGCCGCACAUCGGGCAUCAUUGAGAUCGAAAUCAAACCGCUGCGCAAGAUGGAGAAGAGCAAGUCCUAUUACCUGUGCACGUCGCUCUCCACGCCUGCCCUGGGCGCCGGCGGCCCGGGGUCCGCGGGUGGCACCGUCGGGGGCAAGGGCGGCUCGGGGGUGGCCGGGCUCCCGCCGCCGCCGUGGGCCGAGACCACCUGGAUUUACCACGAUGGCGAGGACACCAAGAUGAUCGUAGGCGAGGAGAAGAAAUUCCUACUGCCCUUCUGGCUGCAGGUGAUCUUCAUUUCGCUACUGCUGUGCCUGUCGGGCAUGUUCAGCGGCCUCAACCUGGGGCUCAUGGCCCUGGACCCGAUGGAGCUGCGCAUCGUGCAGAACUGCGGCACGGAGAAGGAGAAGAAUUACGCCAAGCGCAUCGAGCCGGUGCGCAGGCAGGGCAACUACCUGCUGUGCUCACUGCUGCUGGGCAACGUGCUGGUCAACACCACGCUCACCAUCCUGCUCGACGACAUCGCCGGCUCAGGCCUCGUGGCGGUGGUAGUGUCCACCAUAGGCAUCGUCAUCUUCGGGGAGAUCGUGCCCCAGGCCAUCUGUUCGCGGCACGGCCUGGCUGUUGGGGCCAACACCAUCUUCCUCACCAAGUUUUUCAUGAUGAUGACCUUCCCCGCUUCUUACCCGGUCAGCAAGCUGCUGGACUGCGUCCUGGGCCAGGAGAUAGGCACCGUCUAUAACCGGGAAAAGCUGCUGGAGAUGCUGCGGGUCACCGACCCCUACAACGACCUCGUUAAGGAGGAGCUGAACAUAAUCCAAGGGGCGCUGGAACUCCGCACCAAGACGGUGGAGGACGUGAUGACCCCGCUCCGGGACUGCUUCAUGAUGACAGGCGAGGCCAUCCUGGAUUUCAACACCAUGUCGGAGAUCAUGGAGAGCGGCUACACUCGCAUUCCAGUGUUUGAGGGAGAGCGCUCCAACAUCGUGGACCUGCUCUUUGUCAAAGACUUGGCCUUCGUGGAUCCAGACGACUGCACUCCCUUGAAAACCAUCACCAAAUUUUAUAACCACCCUUUACACUUUGUUUUCAAUGACACCAAGUUGGACGCUAUGCUGGAAGAAUUUAAGAAAGGUAAAUCUCACCUGGCUAUUGUGCAGCGGGUAAACAAUGAGGGAGAAGGGGAUCCAUUUUAUGAAGUUCUGGGCAUUGUCACCUUAGAAGAUGUGAUUGAAGAAAUCAUCAAAUCUGAGAUUCUAGAUGAAACGGAUUUAUACACUGAUAACAGAACGAAAAAGAAAGUAGCCCACCGUGAAAGAAAGCAAGAUUUUUCUGCCUUUAAGCAGACAGACAGCGAGAUGAAGGUUAAAAUAUCUCCACAGCUCCUCCUGGCCAUGCACCGUUUCCUAGCGACAGAAGUAGAAGCAUUUAGCCCAUCCCAGAUGUCAGAGAAGAUCCUUCUCAGGCUGCUAAAGCACCCCAAUGUCAUCCAGGAGCUGAAGUAUGAUGAGAAGAACAAGAAAGCACCAGAGUACUACCUCUACCAGCGCAACAAACCCGUAGACUACUUCGUCCUCAUUUUGCAGGGGAAGGUGGAGGUAGAAGCGGGGAAGGAAGGUAUGAAGUUCGAAGCGAGCGCCUUCUCCUACUACGGCGCCGUGGCCCUGACGGCCUCUCCAGUUCCUUUGUCCCUGUCUCGUACCUUUGUUGUCAGCAGAACAGAGUUGUUAGCAGCAGGUUCUCCAGGUGAAAAUAAGUCACCUCCUCGCCCAUGUGGCUUGAAUCACUCAGAUUCUCUCAGUCGAAGUGACCGGAUUGAUGCGGUGACACCAACACUGGGGAGCAGCAACAACCAGCUCAAUUCGUCGUUCCUCCAAGUCUACAUCCCUGACUACUCAGUGCGAGCCCUCUCUGACCUUCAGUUUGUUAAGAUCUCAAGACAGCAAUACCAAAAUGCCUUGAUGGCAUCCCGGAUGGACAAAACCCCUCAGUCUUCAGACAGUGAAAAUACUAAAAUUGAAUUGACUCUUACGGAGCUGCAUGACGGGUUGCCCGACGAGACGGCGAACCUGCUCAAUGAACAGAACUGUGUGACGCACAGUAAGGCCAACCACAGCCUGCACAGUGAAGGCGCCAUCUAGGGGUGCUGUGCCACCCCCCCCACCCCCCCCCAGGCCCCUGGCCCCUGGCCCCUGUCUGACCAUGACUUCCAUCGGUGUGAGCUUGUGUGCCAUGCUGCAUCCUGCAAUGUCCUGAGACCAAAGACUUUGUCCCCUUCCCGGGAACCUUGGAGGAGAACGGUGAGGGGAGGAAAGGAAAACAGAGAAUGGAGGCUUGACAGCUGGGGCAUGGCGUUCAAGAUUUUGGAGACAAACUUCUUCCGCCCAAAUAGAAUCAUGUUUAUUUUUUCAGCUGUACCUUUUAUCAUUAUGCACUCUCCUCCUCCCUCAAUUUGCAUGAAGGUGAAAAUUGUUGCGAUUUAUUUUUUCAAGAGAUCAUGUUUUUUUAAAAGUGUCUUUUGCAGAGUUUUAGGUGGUUCUGUCUGAACUCUGCUGUGAUCCCAUGACGUGACCCGUAAUAGGAUGGACUUGCCCCUUGAAUGGCCUCCUUGGCCCUCCAGGGAGGGGCACCCUUCCUCUGUGCCCAGUGGGUGUCACUGUUGAACCUAAUGGAUGAAUGAAGAAAACAAUGUUACUGCGGAACCUGUCAAGUCUGUCAUCACUGUGGGGUGUAGGUGGCCGAGGGACCUGCAGUUUGCCUCUCUGAGAGCUCUCUGUUGUUUUGAGAAUUUAAUGUUUAACAGUGCCCCUUGCCCUCAGGAAGGUUUAACAUUUGCUUGGGAAUGUGAUUUUGCUCCCCCCCCUAAGGAAUUUUUAUCACCAGAAUGAAUGUUAAUGAAUUUUAGAGUCAUGGUUUAUCAUUGGCAAGAGACAAGUUGACGUCAUCCUGGCAUCCCCCACCCAGCGCCCAAGCUUCCAGAGCGCCAACCCCCACCUCCCUGGUCCUUGCUCUUGUUAACCCAAGAUGCUGCUACACAGAUGCCAAAUGGAAACCUUCCACGGGGCUUCGCAGUAAACAUGAAGCGGAUUCAGGCUCCUCCCCUUCCCCCUGGGAGGGAUGUAAUUAUCGGAGAAGGAGUCAGAACUCCCAGGUGUGCUCUGUUCUCUGUGCUAAGAAGGCGUUUCUAGACCCGUAUUUUUAAGGGAGGCAACUUUGGGGACUGCCAGCCCCUACCCCUCCUUCCAGGGAGCCAACUGUCCCUCUUCCUCUCUGUUCCUGGGCCCACGGGACCCAGCAGUGACUGUGUCCCCUGCCCUAGGGCCUCUGUGCCUCCCGCCUCAGAUGCAGGCCUUGCCAGAGAGGCUGCCUGUACAGCCAGGGUCAGUUUGGCCCCAAACAGGGAUUCAGAAACCAAA